AUGGUGAUGGCUUCUCCACCCCAAGCACCAUCGAAAAAUGGGGUAACCGUUCACGAAAUGAAGACUAUACGUCUCGAAUCAUGUCGAAAAAUAUUUGUACCUAGAGAUUAUUCAUUUGGACUUGAUGUUCACUUCGAAACGCAAUUCCCAAUGGCAUUUCGUGGGAAGAUUUCCGAAUCAACAUGGGAAAAUACAAUUCAAACGAUUAAUUCGAUAUUUGCUGAUGCAGAGAAGGUUUGCUUCGCUACGAUUCUCGAAACGGUUUUAGGGUGUGCGACGUGCUACUGUUCUCGUUUAGUAUCCGAUACCAUUUACCAAAAGAAAAUGAAAAAGCUCAACGAAUUUCUGAAUCUGGAGAAUCAGCAGACAUACAAUCCAGCUGGAUUUCACAUUUUAAGUCCGAUGGAAAGAGGUUUACGAACGGUUGAAAUCUGGAUCCUUACCGAUCCGUCAUCAGACAUCGCGACGUCCAAUUUAAGCCGAUCAGAUACAGCAGGAGGUGUGUGCAUUCUUUAUCCUGAAUCAAGCUCGCAUAAGUAUAGGCGAUUGAUUCUUACAAACCCACCUUUUCUAACCACAGGAAACUUCUGGCGAAUUGCUUAG